GGCCGGUGUGUUUCCUUGCACUCUACCACUAUCUCCCUCCCAUGGUAGUGAUACACAAGCCUUUCCUUCCCCCUCCUCGACCGGACGCGGUGCCGACCCUGGUCUCUGAGCCUGAUCAAGAGAAGUACGAUACUCUCCUCAACCACUUCUCCGAUCCUGCGUUUCAGUUGCAGGGUGAGAAGGAGACCGAAAAGACUGCGCUUACGGAAUACGAGAAAUACUGGCUGUCGAAGGAAUGUUUCCUGCGGUAUCUCCGUGCGACAAAGGGUGAUGUCGCUGCCGCCAUUAAGCGUCUUGAGAGCACUCUUGCCUGGCGACGCUCCUAUGGGUUCUAUCGGCCUGACUUCGCCGAGCAUGUGGAACCCGAAGGAGUCACCGGCAAGUGCCUGCUCCUCGGGUACGACGUUGCGGGACGGCCUGGGGUGUACCUUAUCCCCAGCAACCAGAACACAGAGGCCUCGGAGCGACAACUCGAGUUUACGUUCUUCGUGAUUGAAUGCGCUAUCGACCUCAUGGGACCCGGAACCGAGAAUAUUGCAUUACUGAUCAACUUUGGAGAUAAAGGGAAGCAUCCACCAAUGUGGAUCGCGCGAAAGAUGCUCGGUAUUCUUCAAGGCCACUACCCAGAACGGCUCGGCAAGUCGUUUGUGAUCAACAUCCCCUGGUACGUCGAUAUGUUCCUGAAGAUGAUUUGGCCGUUCGUGGAUCCGGUUACCAAAGGCAAGGUGCACUUCAACCCUAAUGUUAUCAAAGAGAACCUCAUGACGCCCGAUAUGCUCCUCAGCGAAUGGAAUGGGGAAAUUCAAUUCACCUAUGAGCACUCCCAGUUUUGGCCCGAGCUUCUCCGGAUCGUGAAAGAAUACCGGGGGGCAAAUAUGGGCCGCUGGCGCACUUUAGGCGCCAAAGUGGGCAUCAGCGAGUGGGACUACAAAAACGGCAGCAGUGUGCUACGGACAUUCGAAGAAACGGAGAAGGGACAGACGAUUGAGGCCACUGGUGGAUAUGAGGACGUAGAACGAGAAGCGAAUGAGGAGCUUCAGAGAGAGAUGGGUCCCGAAGGACUCGUGGAGGCAAGCGCUUGACUUGCGGAGAGGCCGAAAGCUGCCCCGGACACAUAGACGCAGUAUCUCCCUUGCAUUAUCUUACACAAU